CAGGGACAUUGGUGAAUGAAAGGCAUCCACAUGAAUGUGGAUGUACCGGAAAUCAGUUUUGUAGAGUGUUUGAAAAGAUGACAGGAUAAAAAUCUACUGUCACUUAAAAGGGUAAACUAAUUAAAUUGGGGGUAGGGUCAUCGAGUACGUGAGCUUUUUCUUUUCCGGAUAGCCUCGAAUAGUGCGUGACAGCCUCCAACUGUUACAUCAUUUUUUGGUAGCCUUCAAGCCCCAGAGUAUAGUACGUAACGGUCUGCAGAGUCAGCGCCAUCGCAGAAGACGUGGGUAAAAUACGCGGGACGUUUUGAGGGCACUGUCGAUAGUUCUUACUCUGCAAUUUUCCUACACAUCUGGCACAACUGAGUGGUAAAUGAGUUCAAGGAGAGCUAUGCGGAAUUGGAGUGAUCAUGUUUACGUGUUUGUGCAGUGUUAUUUUGCAUCGUUUCGCCAUUCCGAGUAACCUAAUAGGAGUGCGUCGACAAGGGUGGACUCUAGCGGCUGGCGGGAAAAGCUUUUAGCGUGGUGCCGAUAGCGGUCGUUUUCGAGGUCUAGAAAAUAGUGUGUAUAAAAUAUGGCUGCCUCGAUGGAGGGUAAGUGGGUUUUUACAAAAGAACAAUUACAAAAUACUCCUUCCCGAAGAUGCAACAUCGACUACGACAAGGAAAUCUUUUACCGGCAACAGGCGGCAACAUUAAUUCAAGAAAUGGGUCAAAGAUUACAAGUGACACAACUGUGCAUCAACACAGCCAUCGUCUAUGUGCACCGGUUCUACAUGUUCCAUUCCUUCAACAAGUUCCAUCGAAAUCCAAUCUCUUCCUGUGCACUCUUCCUAGCCGCCAAAGUUGAGGAACAGCCCAGAAAGUUGGAACAUGUCAUUAGGGUUGCACACAUGAUUCUCUACAAGGAUCAGCGAAACUUGGACAUCAACUCUGAGCAAUACAUUGAACAAGCUCAAGAGCUGAUAAACAAUGAAAAUAUCCUUCUCCAGACUCUUGGCUUUGAUGUCGCCAUUGACCACCCUCACACACAAGUGCUCAAGUGUUGUCAGCAUCUAUUUAGAGCAUCUUCAAGCAAGGACAUGGCUCAAACCUCCUACUUCAUGGCCACUAAUAGUUUGCACCUGACUACCAUGUGCCUCCAGUACAAGCCCACUGUAGUGGCCUGUGUUUGCAUCCACCUGGUGUGCAAAUGGUUCAACUUUGAGAUCCCACAGAGUGCCGAGGGUAAAGAUUGGUUUACGUACGUUGACAAAACGGUGACGUUAGAAAUGUUGGACGAAUUGACCGUUGAAUUUCUGGCGAUUUUCAAUAAAUGCCCGUCGAGACUGCGGAAACGAGUGAUGCAACAACCUGGAGUCAAUGCUUCUGCCAUGACAUCGUCGGACAAGAGUGCAUCCGGUAGUAGUAGCAAAGACGCGUCAUCAAGCCAUCCAGAAGCUCACAAGGUCAGGAAUGAAUCUUCCGGAAGCAGCAGCGGAAGCGCUGCUCCCAAACCAGGCGAGAGAGUUCCUCGGCCACAUGACCAAAGAAGAGACAAGACUGGCGCCCUCGUCCCUCCUUCUAGUUCGACGGCCAGCGUUCCUGCCGGUCACCGUCCAUCUUCGAACAGUGGUCAUCCUCCUUCACAUUCGAAUCGACCUCCGGAAAGUGCGGGGAGUGGUGGUGGUGGUGCAGCUGCUGGCGGUCAUCAUCACCAUCAUCACCACCAACAGCAGCAACAACUUCACCCACAACAACUUCAGGCAGGACAGGGCCGACCUCCACAUCCUCACCAACGGUCGAGUUCUGGUUCUAUGAAAGAUCCAAAACAGCCUACUGGAAGCAGCAGCAGUAGUACAUCUCACUCUUCAUCUUCUCAACAACAUCACCAACAGCAGCAGCAACAACAACAUCAACAGCAAAGGUUGCAGCAACAACCUGUUCCGCCGAGUACAUCGUCGUCACAGAGAAAACCGGUCCCUCCGAGUUCAGUUUCCAGCAAUAAAGUUCAGCAGCCGUCGAGUGGCGGUAGCAGCAGUGGUAGUUUAUUUUCUCCUCCUCGGAUCGACCAACAACAACCCGAGCGAAAGCCGAACGAUAUCAGUAGUAGUAGUAGGAACAAUAAGCCAUCGACAUCGGCCUUUGGUCAAGAUUGGCCCGGCAAUGGUAGCCUAGUCGGAAUGAGCAGCUCAACGGCAUCCAGUCAGCAAACGCAAAUGAAUCUUACUGCAUCGCUAGGCUUCAAUCUCGAUAUAGACAUUUGCGAAGACCAGGACUCUACAUGGGAUAUUAACUACGGCCUGGAACCCAACAGUCUGCUCGGAUCUCCUAAUGCGGCGAUCGAAUCCAUGUUGUUGAACACCACUCCUGGAGAGGGUGCCAGCACGAGUGGGUUCCAAAUGAAGCAGCAGCAUCAGAGCCUUUUUGGUAUGCUGGCGCCAUCACCUAAACUCCAACAGCCUGUGCAACAACAGCAGCAUCCGCCCAAUCCGCAGCUUCCUUCUACACCUCAGCCGCAAAUUACUCCUCAGCAAGUUCAGCAGCAGCAGCUGCAACAGCCGCCACAGCUAGUUCAACAGCCCUCAUUUCGUGAAAGUUUGUUUGAUCUAGGGCUAGAUAAUGAACCCUUCUCCAGCGUCAAGACUGAAGACGCCAUGGCUUGCAUCGAGAUCAAGAGCACACCUGCAGCAGAAGUCGUAGUUUCUGCGCCCACUGAUGGUGGCGACGAAGUUGAUCCAUCUACGGGGAAGAAAAAGAAGAAGGAUAAAAAGAAGCACAAAAGCAAGGAUAAAGACCGCGAAGGCAAAGAGAAGGAGAAGAAACACAAGCACAAACAUAAAGAGAAGGACAAGGAGAAGGUGCGCGAAAAGGAGAAGUUCAAAGAAGCUGCGGAGGGUUCCUCUCGGAUCAAGAUCUCCGGAGUGAGCCAGUCGCCAGUUGGAGAUCAGGCGACGUCGAUCAAACCUGUUUUAAAAAUCAAAAUUCCUAAGGGGCGUAUCGAAGGUGAUGUUCCUACAACCCCAACCAACGGAUCCAGCGAUAGUCAGCAGCCCGUGCCGGCAGCUUCGCCCAUGGCACCUGGUGGUGGACUCAAGAUCAAAAUAAGCCGGGAAAUGAUCAGCAGCAAUAAUAGCAAAGAAAAGGAAAGCAGUAGGAAGCGAUCCAGCACAACCAGCAGCUCGUCGCUGAACAAGACAUCCCUUCCGUCGGCCAAACAACCUAAAAUGGAAGCCAUACCACAACAACAACAAUUACCGCAGCAACAGCAGCUGCAUCAUCCUCAACCUCCUCAUCAUCAGCACCACCAACAGCAGCAGCAUCAACAACAUCAGCAGUUUCAAUCUGCUGGCUCGGCUGGGCGUCCUCAUCACGAACGUAACGGGUCGUCGUCGAACGUAGCUCCGGAAGAGAAUCGCCAACGUAGUCAUUCGGCUCAUCGAAGCUCAUCCACCAACAUGAACAAGGUAGGCCAUUCGUCCAUGCAGACGUUUUCGGCUCCUACUGCUAGUACGUCCUCCUCCGGUCCGUCGUCCGCUGCCGCUUCCGCCGCCAAUGCCGCUGCUGCUGCCGCCGCCAAUGCCGCGAACGCCUACAACCGUGCAGCGGGCGGUUUUCCCUCCUUUGCUCCCACUUAUCCUCCACCAGGGUCUAUGCCACCGAUGGGUCAUCCUCCCUUCUAUAACCCUUUCCCGCCCGCUUAUCCUCCAUACCACAUGUACGCACCGUAUCAGCAAGGGCCCCCGAUGCCACCAAUGAUGAACAAUCAUAUUCACACAGCUCCUAUUCCGCCUUCAAUGGCCACUGGAGUAUCGGCCGGCAUGCCUCCUCUACCUCGAGAGCCUCCCCCUCAAGUACCCCCUCCGCCUCCUCCUCAGCCACACUAGUGUCACGACAACAACAGCGACUCAAAAUUUGUUGUUUGCAAUUAACCCUCCAAGCCCUAUCCAUAAGCCAAUUUGUUUUUCUUUUUUUUUGUAACUUUUGGUAGGGUGUGGAGGUGUAACAUGAUAGGGUGUACCAAAUAAAACUCUUUUUUUUUUUUCUUAGCGCCAUUUUAUGUGAUAAAAGGAAUGUCGAAAUAUAUCUUUCUACCAAUUCAAACAUUUACGAAGAAUUUUUUGGAAAAAUUCUUUGCUUCACGUAGACACGGGAGUUCCACAUGUUUAAAGGGUUUAUACCCAAAGCUUUUUUCCAAUCAAUGUUCGAGGAAAUUUUGGAUUUCUUUCCCGGGGUUUAGAAAUAUUGUAAUGAAGCAUUGCGUAGUUUUCUAGCGAGGAAGGACAAGUUCGUCUAAUCGAAUUGAGUUUUCAUGGAAUAAAUGUUUGGAUGAUUCCAUUUCUGCACAAAUGACGUUUUCAAUGUUUGUAACAUGUUAUCGUCGUUUAAUCCAGUAAUUUUUUUAAUGCUGGCGCAAAAGCUAAAAAUGUAGAUAAAGCUGGAUAAGAUAAGAUAAAUUUUGGCAUUCCUUAAAUCAUACUAAGAUGGCAUCAAGAAUUUUGUUUGGUACUUCCUAGAUUAGAUUGAAAACGUUACGCUCUCCAAUUAAGCAUCGUUCAUUUAAUUCCGGCUAUUUUUUGGGGGGCAUUUUCGUUUUGUGAAGAGUUUAUGGUACGAUUUCUUCUCUGACUAGCCCAUCUCUCCGAUUCAUUUCCUUGUACAUUAUAUAUUAACUAAAGCGAAGAUGUGAGCUGUCGUACUGGAAAAGAAACCAUAAACUUUCUUGUGUGCUCCUUCCACUGACGCCCCCAAGACCCUUCUACUCUCGAGGCAACAAUUUUCCUCCAUAAUUUUUUUUUUUUGUUGCUUAUUUGAUUUUUUCCUCAAAAGACAAAAAAAAAGAAUGAAGCAUGUGAUGCCGUGAAUUCAAAACGGAGUUUUUUAAUUAUUAUUAUUCCUUUUUUCACUUCAUACUAUUACUGCUGCUUAAUUUAUAACUCAAUCUCUUAAAAGAAAGAACGAGUUACGUUUUUGUUUUUUUGGGGGGAGGUUUUAUUGCGUAUUUCUUCCUUCUAUCAUGUGGCUGAAGUCCUCUAUUUAUUUAGUUAUAAAUUUGCAGAUGGCCAUCGGCCUGGCCAUGCCUGAUUGGUUUCUGCCUCAAUGACGGUCCCCUUCUUUCCCCUUCCGGACACACAACAUCAAAAUGACUCCUUCGGUUUGAUGUCGGAUUGUCCGAGAUUUUUUUUUUUUUUUUAGAAAAAAAAAGUUAAAAAGAAACAUAACGAAAGAAAAAAAAACACAUAACAAACAUGAUAAAAAAAAAAACAAUAUGGGAUCAACUGGUAAAGACAUUAUUUUCUCGUUGAAGGGAGAAAACGAAAUAUUCCGAAUUUUGUUUUAAUAAUUUUCAGAAUUGCGUGGAUUGUUUAGACUAAUUUGAUAGUAAAUAUAGGGAAGAAAAACUGAGAAAAAGAAUUUAACUUUGUGUGUCUCUUAAGGAAAAGAAAACAAAAAAAAAAAGUCACGGCCUUUAGUAUGUUUGUAUCCUCACUCGUUCUGAUUUUUCACAUUGGUGAAAUGAACUUUUGUUUUUCAGUUUCGUGCUAUGUUUGAUUGAACUGUGUCCUGAUUGGCUCAUUGUCUUAAAAAAAAACGGGCGGAUGUAUCCGAAACGUGUCACUUAUCGCUUGUCUCGCCUCGAAAUUUCUAGGAAAACAAAUCUCCCUCCCUUUUCUUCUUCACAUUUGUGUUUUUUGGUCUUUUUUGUUUAUUUUUUUAUUUUUUUUUUGUAAAAAGGAACAACCAUAUUCAAGAGUUGGUAAUAGUUAAUUGUAUAUAAGUGUAUCACAACCGACCGCCUCUUGAUAAUUUUGGUGGCGAUUAAUCAGAAAUGUUUGCAACAUUUGCAAGUUGAAAUAAACUUUUGUGUGCGUAUGUAGGUUAUUAUGUUUGAUGAAUAUGAGAUCCUAUGAGUUGUGAAUGGGUGUUAAAAUAACGACGAGAAGAAGAAAAUACACUCGCGAAGUUUGUCUUGUA